AUGUCUUCUGCUUCUAUUAAUCGUUCUUUGACUUCAGUCAAAACUGAAUUAGAGUUUCUAAGAGAUUCAAAUGUAAUCUCUGGUGAGGCUUUCGAUCAAAUAAAUAAUCUAUUGCCAGACAGACAUGAUCCUUCAAGAGAAAGUUUGGCUACCAAUAACAGUUCCCCAAAUUUAGAAUAUGUAGAAGCUAUUUAUCGUUUUGACCCACAGCAAGAUGGUGAUUUAGCUAUACAACCUGGUGAUAAGAUCCAAGUCUUGGAAAAAAUAUCGCCAGAAUGGUAUAAAGGUAAAUGUAAUGGUAAAGUAGGUGUGUUUCCAUCAAAUUAUGUCAAACCUGCUUUCUCAGGUGGUUCAAAUGAAAAAUCUCGUUCUCAUUUAACUUCCCCUCCACAAUAUCAACAACACUCACAAUCGGUAUCUUCAUUCCAAUCUUAUCAGUCUUCCUACCAACCUCCACCACAACAACAGCAACCUUUCCCUCCUGUAUCUACUAAUUACUAUCAACAGCCACCACCUCAGCAGGUUCCACAACAGGCUCCUCAACAGGUUGUUGUGCAGGAAGCUCCGCAACAGCAACAACAACCACAACAACAACAACAACAACAACAUCAGCAUAAUGCUUCUAAACAUUUUAAGAGUUUUGGUAGUAAAUUGGGUAAUGCGGCUAUUUUUGGUGCUGGUGCCACCUUAGGUUCUGAUCUGGUUAACAGUAUCUUCUAA